UUCUAAUAUUUUCAGUCUCAUUUGCUAGACUCAUUGGUUUGUCUCAACAGAUCUCAACAAUGAAAAUCUUAGUACUCAUGUCAUCUGAUGGAGAGAAAGUACACUAUUUUUUAAAUGUCUUUAUAUAUUAAAGACAUUUAAUGUUCUUAUUCUGUUCUUACUGAAGCUGAGUAUAUAACUGCAAAGAAACAAAGCCAUACUAUAAAAACACAACGGAGGAAGAAAGAAAAGCAUCCAGUUCCUCCUUUUUCAACUGCUCCCCCCUCCAUUAUGUUCACAGCCUGAGGAUGUUGAGGACAAGCCCAUGUGCCCUCUCAGAGUUCUCAGUCUUUCUCUUUCUUAAUGAAGCUGUUAUGUUUUAUGCGCCACAAAUCCUCUAAGAGAAAUACACAUUUUACUGAAAUGCUUCCUACUACCUUCAUGCUGUAUAAAGGAAUGGAAACAAAUUGUAAUUAGGGUUUGCUUUACAUGUGCUUUAUUUUCUUAUUGCCUGAAAACAAGUUUUGACUUUAGAAUAUGGAUAAUAAUUUGCCAAUAAUUAUUUGCUCACCUGGUUUAAAUUUUUUAAUUCAUGGCCAUUUUCUUAUUUCUUUUUUACAGCCUUUAACUAUAACAGUAAAAACCUCAGACACAGUGAAUGAUGUCAUCAACAUGUCACUACAAGUGCUAGGAGUAACUGGCUCUGAGGAAGAUUACCAGCUGUGGGUCACUUCUGAGAAGGAAAAAACCCUACAUCCACUCAUUGGGCAUGAACAUCCUUACGGAGUUAAAAUGAGCCAUCUCCCUGCUCCGUUCGUGCCCCAGGAACUGCAGGAUGCUAUCUUUCCUUUCAUCCUGAAGCCCAGGCAGCUGUCCAGGAGCCAGCAACAUAGAGAUUCCUGCUGGAAGAGAUUCAAAAAGGGUGUUGUCGCACACCUGGCCUGUUGGACGGGCUCUGGCAAUUGACAGGAAAAACCGACUGGGUAGAACACCACGGCCCAUUGCUCCUCAACGAGUCUUUCAUCUUUACCUGUGGACACACUUUCUAAACGACCUACAUUAUGAUGUACCAACAAUUUUUCCCAGUGUCUGGGUAUUUUCCAACACUUCUGGAUCCUCAUUUCACCCUUUUGCACUAUUCCAUGCUCUGGGAGGCUGACCUGCAAAGCCCUUGUACCUUCCCGUGUGUUCAGCCAAUAACACCUAAGUCAGAGUAGUUUUACCACUUGCUCCUUUCCUGCUAGGUUUUGGUGCUGGCUUCCUUCAGGCGGCAACUGGUCUGACAGCUGGAGUAUAUUUUAUACUUUGUUAAAAGGGCCUAGGAAAUAUAUAUUUUUAAUUAACGAGUAAGAUGAGGAUUAAUAGUAAUUUUUAAAUAAAUCUUAAACAUGACUUUAAAAAGA